AUGAGUAUUAAUGUAGCAGCCAAUGACAUGGAAUUCAUCGAUUCUUUAAACUUUCUUCCUAUGGCUCUGUAUAAACUUCCAGGAGCAUUUGGUCUUAAUGAAUUGGCAAAAGGAUAUUUUCCCCAUCUAUUUAAUACGAAAGCCAAUCAAGAAAUUGUACUUCCUCAUUUACCUGAUAUACAUUACUAUAACCCAGACGGAAUGUCACCAUCAGAAAGAAAGAAGUUUGUUAAGUGGUAUAAUGUUCACCACCAAGAUGAAUUUAACUUUCAGUCAGAGAUUUUAAAUUAUUGCCGGUCGAACGUGGAUAUACUUCGAAGAUGUUGUUUACAGUUCAGAUCUAUAUUUAUGAAAAUUACCGAGGAUGAAUCUAGUCUUGGUAUAGACCCCUUUUAG